GAGGAAUAUUCCUCUCAGAUCCGGGACCAACCGAUCCGGGAAAAUGUGGUGGACGAACUCGUCCCAGGUGGGACGAGCGAACGGCAUGACAACGCCUUCCUACCGCGCUCGUGCUGCUUGCCCUCGGGAGCAGCAGCAUACGGCUCGUGCGACGGCGACCACGCAGGGCUCGGCGACGACGACCGCGACGGCGGGGGGCUCGGCGACGGCGACGGCGGAUCCAGUGGUGGGGAGGGCGGCGGCGGUGGAUCCGGCGAUGGGGAGGACUGCGGCGGCGGAUUCGGCGACGGGGAGGAGCGGCGGCGGCAUGCGAGGAGGAGGUCAAAGGGCGGCGGCGGAUCCGGCGAUGGGGACUGUGGCGGCUUGCGAGGAGGAGCUCGCGGGGGAGGAGCGGCGGCGGCGUGCGAGGAGGAGGUCUAGGGGCGGCGGCGGAUCUGGCGAUGGGGCGGCGGCGGAUUCGGCGAUGGGGAGAAGCUGCGGCGGCUUGCGACGAGGAGCUCGCGGGGAAGGAGCGGCGGCGGCGUGCGAGGAGGAAGUCGAGGGACGGCGGCGGAUCCGGCGAUGGGAAGGAGCGGCGGCGACUUUUCCUCUUGCUCUUGCUCGCUGCCGGCUUUUCCUCUUGCUCGCCGCCGGCUUUUCCUCUUGCUCUUGCUCGCCGUCGGCUCAUCCUCUUGCUCUUCCUCCGGCGAUGGGGAGGACUGUGGUGGCAGAUCCGGCGAUCGGUUGACGGUGAUUGCAAACGGCGUCCAUCCCUUCCCUCUCUCAUCCCUUCAACCAAACAAAAAAUUGGGAUCGUCCCAUCUUACAAACCAAACAUGUGAGUGGAAUCAUCCCAACCCAAAAAUCAGGGAUGGUUCUAUCCCAUCCCACUUAGUCCCGAAACCAAACACUACCUACAAGUACAAGAAGCUGGGCUGCUGCAUGCACCACACAUGUCAACCUGCUGCGUUUUCUUAGAAUUGAGAUGGCCUUAUUUCAUCCUUUCCGACUGAACCGAUCCAGAUGAUCAUCAAGUGGGACUGACAUUUCAAGUUCCAAAAUCUCCGUAUUGUGUCACCGUAGUAGGAUCUAAAAUUAAAUAGUACUUAUCCCAUAAAUCACAUUCUAUUUAAAUAUCUAUGUACAAUAACUUUCUUAGUAGUAAGUAACUACUACAAAGUUGUAUGGUAGUAGCAGGUACUCCCUAUAUCGUUUGACUUUUAUUCCUAAUUAAGUUUAACUAAGUUUAUAGUAAAA